AUGGGCUCCGCGCACUCCGUGCCCGCCGAGAUGCGGGAGCUGGCCGACAGGACCGGCUUCACCUCUGAGCAGAUCGAGCACCUGCACCGGCGCUUCAAGCAGCUGAGCCGGGACCAGCUGACAAUCCGCAAGGAGAAUUUUGACAGCAUCCCAGACCUGGAGUUCAACCCCAUCAGGGGGAAGAUCGUCCAUGCCUUCUUCGACAAGCGGAACCUGCGGCAGGAGUCGGAUGGGCUGGCAGAUGAGAUAAACUUUGAAGACUUCCUGACCAUCAUGUCCUACUUCAGACCCAUCGAGAUGAACAUGGAUGAGGAGCAGCUCGACCGCUUCCGCAAAGAGAAACUCAAAUUCCUCUUCCACAUGUAUGACUCGGACCACGACGGGAAGAUCACACUGCAGGAGUACAGAAAUGUGGUGGAGGAGCUGCUGUCGGGGAACCCCCACCUGGAGAAGGAGUCUGCGCGGUCCAUUGCUGAUGGGGCCAUGAUGGAGGCAGCCAGCAUCUGUGUGGGACAAAUGGGACCAGACCAGGUGUAUGAGGGCAUCACCUUUGAAGACUUCCUUAAGAUGUGGCAGGGGAUUGACAUCGAGACCAAGAUGCACGUUCGCUUCCUCAACAUGGAGACCAUUGCACACUGCUACUGACCUCCAGCUCGCUCCUGGGAGCCACAGGAAGGGGAGGAGGAGG